AUGGCAGUGGAGAUACUGAUCCUGUUGGCUCUUGGGGCGAGCGCUCCACUUUGUGCAGGUUUCCCCGUGCCCACCCACGAGCCGCCCCCCCUGAGGAAGGCCCUGGCGGCCUCUGUGGCUAAAGUGAACGCCCAGGGGCUGAGUCCGUAUCUGUUUCGCGUGUACCGAAGCACCAUCAAAAGAGUCAGUGUCUUGGAUGAAGACAGUCUGAUCGUGGACAUAGAGUUCAGCGUUCGAGAGACAGCGUGCAGGAGAGACUCCGGGGAAGAUCCAGCCACCUGUGACUUCCAGAGGGGCUACCACGUGCCGGCGGCCCGGUGCAGGAGCUCCGUGCAGGUGUCUGCCCAGCAGGUGCAGGACGUCUGGGUUCGUUGCAGCUGGGCCUCCAGUUCCGAGUCUGACAGCAGCGAAGAGAGGACUUUCGGGCACACGUCGGGAUCCUCUAGAUGGAAAAGCAAUUAUCAGUUUGGUCUCCUUCCGGACAAAUCCAGAAGCGAAAGACUUUACGAACGGUCCCAGGAGAUCAUGAGAAGGAUCUGGGCUCCUGGAAAUAGAAGGUUCCGGAACCAGUGGCACCGAGUGAGAAUAAACGGCGAUUAUGAGUAACAGCCUGAGCAAAUGCACUGGAAGAAACAGAAG